UUCCUAUAGGGACAGGCAUGUCACGUCAGGCUAAAUUCACCAAUCUGCGUGUAGAACAGAACAGCUCGAGCAGCGUUCCCAAACUUCCCAGGACCAGCCAGACGCUGAAUAGUGUGUCAGACAGUUCGGAUGAGUCUAGUUGGAGAGAUGGCGGUGCCGUACGGGUUGUUUUGAGGGAAGUUGCUGAAACGUUUGAUAUCUUUCGGAUCCUGGCGAAUCAUUUCAACGCAACAACACGUUCCAUUGUUUGUUACACGACAAGACAUUAGCAGAAUGUAUGCUCCAAAUGUCAGUGCAGUCAAUGGGCUGAUCUAACGUUAGCUAGCUACUAUAGUAGUAUAGCGAAUGGGUUAGCUAGCCAGCUAAAGGUUUUAGAAAGCGAUUCAACUAACGUUAGCUAAACUUGCCAGCUAAAAGCUAACUGAAAACUUAGCUUGGCAAUAGCAUAGUUACCAACAAUAAUAUAGCUAAUCCUGAUGUUGGUGUAUGUUUCUGGUGUUUAACCCAAGUUUAUUUCGAUAAUGUGACUGCAGGUACUGUUUUGGCACUUGAUAAACGUCAGCCUGAAAAUUCAGGAGCUAACGUUUGCACGUUCAGCUAUGCCCUUUUUUGCUAGCUACUAAAUUAGGUAGCUGCUAACGUUAGCACAUUUAGCUAUGCACUUUUUGCUAGCUAUUAAGUUAAGUAGAUGUAAUGGGCUUAUUUUUCACUCUGUCCGUGUUGGGACUGGGUAAACUUUCAUGUACACUUUCUGAUAAGUAGCUCGUUAGCUACAUAAAUAUGCAUUGUUUUUUCCAACUAGCGUAACUUUAUCAAAAGUUGACCCACAAAGAAACUCCCUGUGGCAACGCGGAGAGAUGAAAGUAAGCAAGCGCGUUUUACCAGGACGUUGGAAUACCAUGCUGGAACCGUCUUGCCUAUUUGUGAUAUCGGUCUGAACGAUUCACGAGCAUUCCAGUUAGAGGUCCUUUGAUCGUUUGCUUUUUCGUCAACAGUUUGCACCCUAUAUGGUACGGCUACAGCCACCGAGAAAUGGAUGUUUCCAAGGGCGGUUUCCCAAACGGUGAGGGGCAACCGAAAGACACGGGAGAGCAUGCCUGGACAGAUUCCCCCACUGCAAGAGCUUGGGCUCAUUCCGCUCCCCUGUCCCGAUCGCUGUGGACGGCAGUGUUUGACUAUGGAAGUACUGGAGAAGACGAACUUAGUCUGCGGCGGGGGGACGUUGUUGAGGUCCUCUCGAAGGAUGCUGCCAUCUCGGGAGAUGAAGGAUGGUGGACGGGUAAAAUUAACCAUAGAGUCGGGAUUUUCCCUGCAAAUUAUGUUACCUAUCAACCUGCCAUUUACAGACUUCCAGGCGGUAGCACGGUAGGGGUGAGGGAGCGUCCGAGUACUCCCAUCCAAAUAGAUUUUAGCGAACUCGUUUUAGAGGAAAUAAUCGGUGUCGGAGGAUUUGGUAAAGUUUACCGAGGGACAUGGAAAGACCAAGAGGUCGCUGUGAAGGCAGCGCGACAGGAUCCUGACGAAGACAUCACUGCAACUUCGGAUGGUGUUAAGCAAGAGGCCAAGCUCUUCUCUAUGCUACAACAUCCCAAUAUAAUAAAACUUGAAGGUGUUUGUCUUGAGGAGCCAAACCUGUGCUUGGUGAUGGAAUAUGCUCGUGGAGGGACUCUUACCCGGGCUUUGACUGGUCGGAGGAUACCCCCACACAUUCUUGUCAACUGGGCUGUUCAAAUCGCCAGGGGCAUGCACUACCUACACGAGGAGGCUGUUGUGCCUAUUAUUCACCGCGACCUGAAAUCCUGCAACAUUUUAUUACUUGAAAAAAUUGAGAACGAUGACAUUGGAAGGAAGACCUUGAAGAUCACAGACUUUGGCCUGGCCAGAGAGUGGCACAACACCACCAAGAUGAGUGCUGCUGGCACGUACUCAUGGAUGGCCCCUGAAGUCAUCAAGUCCUCUCUCUUCUCCAAAGGCAGCGAUGUCUGGAGUUAUGGUGUUCUUCUAUGGGAGCUGCUGACAGGAGAGGUGCCUUACCGUGGGAUUGAUGGGCUGGCUGUGGCCUAUGGUGUGGCUGUCAACAAGUUAACCCUCCCUAUUCCAUCCACCUGCCCAGAACCCUUCUCCAAGCUCAUGGAAGAGUGUUGGGAGCAGGACCCCCACAUCCGGCCGUCGUUUGCCUCCAUCCUGGAGCAGCUAACAGCCAUAGAGGAAGCAGUGAUGGCCACCAUGCCCCAGGACUCCUUCCACUCCAUGCAGGAGAACUGGAGGGUGGAGAUCCAGGAGAUGUUUGAUGAGCUCAGAACAAAAGAGAAGGAGCUGCGUUCACGGGAGGAGGAGCUGACGCGUGCGGCGCUGCAGCAGAAGUCCCACGAGGAGCUGCUGAAGAGGAGGGAGCAGCAGCUGGCGGAGCGGGAGAUCAAUGUGUUGGAGAGGGAACUCAACAUCCUCAUCUUUCAGCUCAACAAGGACAAGCCCAACGUCAAGAAGAGGAAGGGCAAGUUCAAACGCAGCCGCCUCAAACUCAAGGACGGCAACCGCAUCAGCCUGCCCUCAGAUUUCCAGCACAAGAUCACGGUGCAGGCGUCACCCUCCAUGGACAGUAGGAGUCUGAACACCAGCCCCCCCAGCAGCCCCACACUCAUACCCCGCCUCCGGGCCAUCCAGUUGUGCGCCCGAAUUGACAGUAUCCGAAGGGACAGUAUGUAUGUGUAUCACCAAGAUGUGGAUAUCACCAGCGAGUGCCAGCCCUAUACUGGGGUUAGGAAGAAAGUGACUCUGGACGAGAGCAACAGGACAUGGGGACGAAGCACCAUCUACAAGCCGGAGGAGUUUGAUGACGUCAAGAAGGGGAUUAAGAAGAAGGGGCGAACGUGGGGACCGAGCUCCGUUCAGACCAAGGAGCGGGGAAACUGUGCUGAAAGAGUGAGGCCACUGUCUGAUGGAAACAACCCCUGGUCCACCAGUCUGGGGAAGUCCCAGAAGUCCGUUCCGUUGGCUGCGUUGUUUGCAGAGCAGCAAGCCUGUCUCUGUCCUCGUCCUUCAUGUUCAGGGACCAGUAAAGAAGAGAUGUGCUCGCCAGAUGGAUCGGACAACACCAAACCAAAGCAACUGAAGUUCCCCAAUCAGGUGUACAUCGAUCUACCUCUGUGGAAAGAUGAGAAGCAGCAGGGGGGCGAGGGGACGGCAGGAAGCUGCCCUGGGGAAAGCCUGGAGGACUCCAGUACCACCUCAGCCAGCUCCACCAGCACCACCCCCCAGCACACCCCCACCAAUAGCCUGAAGAGGACCUCCGCUCGCCGCCGGACAGACACCGUGCUCUACGGCUGUGCCUCUAUGCUGGCCUCGGUAGCAUUGGGCUUUGACCUACGUAAUGUGCUCAAUGCCCCACCGGCAGAUGACCCUGAGCCUCAGCCCAGUGUGGAGAAGAAAAAGAAAGAGGGUCUGUUCCAGCGCGCCACACGCUUCCCUGGUGGACGUUCUUCCCAUAAGGAGGAGGCAGCCUCCCAAGGCCCCAUCAACCUCAUCUCCAUGUCUUCCAUCUCAGAGUAUAACUCUACCAAGAGCCUCCUGCGGUCAGCCUCGGAGGGGCCAGAGCCCAGCCCUGUGAAGGAAGUGGCCCCUAUCAGCCUGUCGCACCCCACGCCACAGCCCAGAAGUGGCUCCCAGCCCCAGGUUCCAGAGGCGCCCGGCCGCAGGACUCCGGCCUCCACCCUCCCCCAGCCUGCUGCCCCAGAGAAGACUCACAGUCAAAGCAUGGGCUCUCACCUCCGGAGGAAGAAGUCGGCCAUCGUUCAGGACACUAACGGUACAUCUGGCUCUCUCACAACUUCAUCGGGACUGUCUUCCACCACAACCUCUCAGAAGAAGAAGUCUGACAGGGAGGACACCCCUAAGAGAGCAGCCCGUGGGGAGACUGUCACCUCCAGGUCCCGGCCUUUGUCCCUUCGGGGCAAACCCCACUCUUGGGGUCUCCUGAGGGGCCGCAACAAAAGCUACUCCCUGGGCCACUAUUCUGGAGAGAAGAGCGCCAGGAGCCUCAACAUCGUCCUCUCCUCCGCCGAGGUCAAGAUGGACUGCUCUCUGCUGGAUAUGGACACGGAGGGGCAGAAAUGUGACUGCACCGUGCCCCUCUGCCGAAUUCAGAGCGGCCCCAGUCGCCCCUCCGUCUUCGAACUAGAGAAAAAAUGAUUGUCAUAGCAGAAAUAAGCUGCCUUAUUACCAGGAUCCAGUCUCUAAGUAACGUUUAUGAGUUGGAUCAACAAGUCUUAUUUGACAUUCCAGGGCAUUCCACUGCCCUCCUGUGGUUUUUACCUGAAUGGAGGCCACUGCUGCUGAACAGUUUAUUUAUUCUGUCAUAUUUUGAUAGGUAAUUUAAUAUUGGAAAAACGUGUUUCAAUAGCAUCAGGUUGAUUGAACAACGAAGGAACACAUUUAAUUUUUUGUUGUUGCAGAAAUGUUUACAUUUUUGUGCGCACAUACUGGUUAGGACCAUGGCAUCUUAAGUUACAAAAUGAUGCUUACGUUAAAAUGUUAAUUUGCUUUUGUCUGUGGAUCUUUUAUUCUCCGUUUUGAGUUAAUGCUGGUAAUUAUUUUGUAUUGUAUUGAUUUUGUUUUUAUAUUGACAUAUACAACAGUGUUGAUUUUA